GUGCGCGGUGUGAGGGCCCGGUGGGGCGGGGGUUGGGCGGCCUGGGCGCGCGCGGUGCCCUGUGGGAAGCUGGAGGAGCGGCGGGCGCGGGGAGGCGCGGACUCCAGAGCCACCGCCCCCUGAGGAGACGCCGCGGACCUUAGUGAGAGGCCAGAGCUCAGAGUGACUCACCAUGUCCCAGUCAGGAGAUAAAAAGCUUCCUUCGGAGACAGCGAGCUACGUGGGAUUUGCUAGUCUGCCGAACCAGGUGCACAGGAAGUCUGUCAAGAAGGGUUUUGAGUUCACCCUCAUGGUGGUUGGUGAAUCUGGCUUAGGAAAAUCCACCUUGAUUAACAGCCUGUUUUUGACUGAUCUUUAUCCAGAACGAUACAUUCCUGGAGCUGCAGAGAAAAUCGAGAGAACGGUUGAGAUUGAAGCUUCGACAGUGGAAAUUGAGGAGCGAGGAGUGAAACUCCGGCUGACGGUGGUCGACACGCCCGGCUAUGGAGAUGCCAUUAAUAGUCAAGACUGCUUCAAAACCAUCAUCUACUACAUUGAUCAUCAGUUUGAACGGUACCUUCACGAUGAGAGCGGGUUGAACAGGCGCCACAUUGUGGACAACCGUGUCCACUGCUGCUUCUAUUUCAUCUCCCCUUUUGGUCAUGGGUUGAAGCCCUUGGAUGUGGAAUUCAUGAGAGCGCUUCACAGCAAGGUAAACAUCGUGCCAGUGAUCGCCAAGGCAGACACCCUGACGCUGAAGGAGCGGGAGAUGCUGAAGCGUAGGAUCCUUGAUGAAAUCUUUGAACAUGGCAUUCGGAUUUAUCAGUUGCCUGAUGCGGACUCUGAUGAAGAUGAGGAGUUCAAAGAACAAACCAGAGUCCUGAAGGCCAGCAUACCAUUCGCUGUCAUCGGUUCUAACCAACUUAUUGAGGUCAAAGGAAGAAAGAUCAGAGGCCGCCUGUAUCCUUGGGGCGUGGUUGAAGUUGAGAAUCCAGAACACAAUGAUUUUCUAAAGUUGCGGACUAUGUUGGUGACGCACAUGCAGGACCUACAGGAAGUGACCCAGGAUCUGCAUUAUGAGAACUUCCGCUCGGAGAGGCUGAAACGCGGCGGCCGGCCGGAGGGGGACGAGGUGGUUGACAAGGACCAGAUCCUUCAGCAGAAGGAGGCUGAGCUCCGAAGGAUGCAGGAGAUGAUUGCGCAGAUGCAGGCCCAGAUGCGGAUGAAGCCUGGGGAUGAGUGAGUCCUCUGGUAGAGCAGCACAAGACAUUGAUGAUGCUCUGGAAAACGGAUUGGUGCUUUGCUAUCAUCCGGCCAGACACACCAGCUUACAGGGAGCCCUGCGGGACGACGGCACAGAGCCUGCCUGAUCUGCAAGGAAAACACGGCUCCAUCUUUGUGAUACCUUAACCAAAAAAAGAAAGAAAUAUACUAAAGCGCAAACCUGUCCAGACUUCUUUCUCUUAGCCAUUUGCUAGCUGUUGCCAUGCUUUCUCUAAUAGGGCUUCUCAUUUCUUCCUGGCUACGCUUCUUUUCUGUAAAAUCACGUGGCUCAUGGUCUCAUUGAUAAUGAAGUCAUAGGAAAGAACCGCUCUCUCCCUGCACUGCUCAUACCCAAGGGAGAUGGGCCACCUCGGAAAAUGGGCCUUGGUUGUUUUCAACUAACGAGUCCACGUUGGCAUUCUCAUGCUUUCUGCCCAGUCUGAUCAUCUCUGUACCAUCAUAUAAUGUUUUCACAAUUCCGUUUGUGAUAUUUUUCCACAACAAAUUGACAAAAAAUGUGGUAUAUGUACAUGGAUAGAUAUCUGCAUAGACAUCCACCACAUCCUUCUGGGAGGUCAUCUGUAAUUUCCUCCCAUCUGCUUCACAACCUGUGCUGUAUUCCUGUUUGGGGGUCACCAGGCCCCUUCCCUCUCUCAGUCAUGUGACGCUUGUGAUGCUGGGCCUUGCUGGGAGACAGAGGCAGUUUAACUCAGAACACAGCAUCUCAUGCCUUAUGUACAAAUACACCUGGGCUGCUGGGCCAUCCACCUUCCUGGUGCCUUCAACCACCCCUCCCUCAUGGGAGUCUUUCCCAAGGGAUGCCUUCUCCCUCCAUGAGCCAGCUUUUUAAAGGAAAGGUGCUCCUGAGCCACUUAGGGGUUGACAUCACUGUGCCAGCCUUACUAUGCACCCUGCCAUUCUGGGCUGGCCCCUCCCUCUCAACUGAUUUCUAGGCCCACCUGCAGAAGAAAUGAUACCGUUUGGGGGAUCUUGCCUGCUUAAACUGGACCAUUUAAAAAACCUUAUUGUAGACCACACACUAGUUUUGAGACAUGUUUGUGAGUCAAACUGACUUCCCCACUCCCAAGUGAACCUUUUUCUUAAUCACUUGCCUAUCCUGCCGAUCCUACCUACCAUUUCCUCUUUCUCCCACUCUCCCCUAAGCUCUGGAAACAGGUGAAGCCCAGGCAUUGCUGCUGCGGGAACCAGGAAACAAGUCGGCUUGUAAAGGAAACCCCCAAGACGAGCCUGGCCAGCCCUUCAGCCUCCUGGGAUGGGAAUGGGGGGAACACUAGCUUCCUGAGAGAUAUGCAGUCCUGGGUGAUUUGGGACUCUGUUCUUGCAUAUAGUCUGAGCUUAGGACCAGCGAACACUGUACCUCUUUGGUCUUUUCAUUCCUUUGUACGUCUUUCAUUUAGGUUUUUGGUCUAGGACUGUACUUGAAUGAAUUCUUCCAAACAGUAGCCUGUGGUACGUGUCUGUGCCAUGUGAAUGCCAUGGUGCUCUAACCUAAAAGCCUUCUGUGUUAUCCCACCUUCUGGGUUUUGUGACUUUAUGGAAUAUACUUAACCUUAUUAAAAAGUUUCUGAUUCACAUGGUA